AUGCCAUCCUUACUCACCUCCUCUCUCCUCUUCACCUCCCUCUGGACGGUGGCCACCACCGCCCAAGAUUCGUGCGCGGUCUGCGACGAUGUCCACUUCUUCCUUGCCCGUGGCAACAACGAGCCCUAUCCGGGCCGCCAGUCAGCCCUCGUCGAAGCCACCUGCAACGGCCUGAGCAGUUGCGGCUAUGAGGAUCUCAUCUUCGCGGAUCUCGCCAGCGAUCUCUACUGCCAGAUCACCUACGACGCGACAAUCGCCGGCCAUGUGCAGAUGACGGCGUAUGCACAGAAAUGCCCGGAUUCCAAGCUCAUCUUGGCUGGCUACUCGAUCGGUGGCCAGGCGGCGAGUGACGUCCUUGGGGGUGCUGGCGGCGAGCUGGCCAAUGGCUGUAUCCAGCCGGAGAUCCCUGCUCUCGACUUCAACAGCAGCCCGGCCAACCAGAUCGCCGCCGUCAUCAUCUUUGGCGACGUCCGCCACACCGCCAAUCAGUCCUACAACUUCGGCUCCGGCGCCUCCUUCGAUGGCCUGUUCCCACGAACUCAGGAAAUGCUCAACAACCUCGACCAGUAUGCAGACAUUAUGCGCAGCUGGUGCGCUGACACAGAUCCGAUCUGUGCUGCGGACGGCCUGGAAGCAGACAUAGAGAGCCAUCUGAACUACUACGAUCUGUACUCCGAGGCCGCCGCUUCGUGGAUCAAGUCCGUCGCGUCGCUGACGGACGACUCCGACUCCACGACAAACAUCCCCGUGAGCAUUUCGGGGACGGUGCAGGACCAGACCGCUGGGACCGCUACGCCUUCGGGUUCCGUCACUCUUAGCACGGAAUGGACGAAUACCAUCUCCUACGCACCGUGCACCACCACCGCUCACUCGCAGCAUGUCUCUAGCAUGGCUCCCUCCGCUGCUUGGAACGCCACCUCACCCUAUGGCAAUGGAACGAACUUCACGAUCACAGUCCCCUCCACGGCAACGAACGCCGCCGUGACAAAGGCCAGAUUCGCCCCGAGCGCGUCGGCGCGUCUGAUUCCUUCCGUCAACGGUGGGUCGAUGGUUACGGUGGGGUACGGCCUUGCUUUGACAAUGCUGGCCAUGAUUAUUGUGUAA